UAAAAUCUCAUAAAAGUAUCAACCAAUUUUAGCUUACAAUUUCACAGCAUCACAAAUGGUUCAAUGAUCAUACUCAUCGGACACUCACGUAGACAUUCAUUCUCAGUGAUAUGAAAUCCAAAAUGACCAGAAGUUGUGAAAUCUCUGAGGAGCUUCCAGUUUACAACAGGAAAGACUUAUCUUACACGAGAACACCUCCAAUAUGGUUAUCAAAGAGGUUUUUGGUGACAUGUUUGAUAUUUCUGGGUUUAAUCAACAUGAGUAUGACGAAAUUGAAUGUGAGCAUUGCUGUCGUUGAGAUGACUUCAAAAAAACUCAUCACUGAAGGGAAUAAUACAAUAACUCAGGCAGAAUUCAAUUGGGAUACUUCGAAAGUUGGCUUGGUAUUGAAUAUGUACGAAUACGGAGGCAUGAUGUCCUUCUUAUUUGCCUCAAUUCCAUCCAGGAUUGGUGGAUCAACAGCAUACGGCACGUUCACAUUGUUGCUUAGCUUAUUAACACUGCUGAUACCAACCAGCGUUUACCAGGACUUCAGAUUAUUCCUGUUGGCUCGUUUUUUAAUUGGAUUUUUUGACAAUAUCUCCUAUGGCAGCAGAUCAGAAGUUUUCCAACAUUGGAUUCCUAUUACAGAGAGAUCGCGACUGAUGUCACUCAGCUUCAAUGGUUUAUUCGUUGGCACCACAUUAGUUCACUUGACUUGCGGCAUUGUGGCUCAUAAGUGGGGAUGGCCAAUGGUAUUUUACGUCACAGGCACAUGUUCUCUAGUUUGGUCCAUAAUCUGGUUAACGCUCAUUGCCAAUGAUCCAACUGAAGAUAGGUGGAUUUCGAAGAAAGAGCUCGCUCAUAUCAUCAGCGGGACGGUGAAAAAACCAAACAAAGCUGUUCUCAAUCCUUACAAAAGUAUUUUUAUGUCGAUACCUUUCUGGACGUUGUGUGUGUGCCGAAUUAUUCAAGGAUGGUCGAUGACCACGAUCAUUUCAUGUCUUCCUCUGUAUGUCAAAGAUGCUACUCAAAAGAGCACCGAUUUUGUAGGAUAUAUUUCAUCCAUUCCCAGCAUUGUAUGUACUCUCAUGAUACCAUUAGCAGGUGCAGUAAUGGAUGGCUGGAAAAAUAACACCAAAAUACGAGUUACAAAGAUGCAUAAGAUAAUUGUGGGAUUUAAUUUCUUUACUGGAGUCAUUCUUCUCGGAUCUGCCGUACUUCUGUCCAAUUUUAUCGUCACAAUAGCCAGUUUUGUCGUCAUCAGAACAUUGUUAUCGUGUAACGCUUUAGUAUUAUUGAUGGUGGUUAUUUACAUGGCACCCAAUCACGCAGGCACAAUCUCAGCCCUGUCAACGUUUUGGUACUCAUUGGGAAAUAUUUUAUCGCAAUAUACAAUCGGAGAAAUGACCUCAAAUCAUCGCGUCGAAGAAUGGAACAGAGUAUUUGCACUGACUUCCGUUUUCAUGGCAUUAGGAGGAGUCCUAUUUAUUGUAUGUGGAUCUAGUGAACCUCAGCUAUGGUCCACUUCUGCAUCUGAUAUUUUCCCAGACAGCGAGAAAAAAGUGGUCAAAAAACGAUUAAUGAGUGAAUGAUACGAUACCUAAGCACCUUUAAUUUUGUUACUUUGCCAACUUAGAAGUUGAACAGAACAUGAGCAAUAUGGAUAAAGUACCUUUACCUAUUUGUAUCUAAUGUGUAAAAUUUUGUUAUUGACGAGGCUCGAAGGAGGUACCCCAAUUGAAAGAAUUUUUUUUGAAAGAUACAAGGCUAAACCAAAAGACGAAAAAGUAUGCAAAAAUACAUCGCCAGUCAAACUUACAAGAGCUGAAUAUUCAUUUUCAAAUUUUGGCGAUUUUUGGAAGAAAAUGAGAAAAUUUGUGCCAAAAAUGAGAAUAAAAUUGAAAUUUUACCAUACUGGUCUGGAAAGAAUAAGUUCGUCCAGUACAGCAAUCUUGAAUCCCUCUUGAAUUAUUUGAUAACGAUUUCGACUCGAUAAUGUUAAAAUUAGGGUAUAAAGUAAACUUUAGCUUUUUAGCUUCGCUUCGUUAAGUAAAAUUUUGUAAAAAAUUCAAUUUUCAAAAAUUCACUAAAGACUUUAGAACGGCUCCAAACGAUUUAAGAUCUUUUGAAUUGCUUUGGAGGGGAAACAGAAAUAGAGUUUGGUAGAAUUUCAAUUUCAUUCAUUUUUUUCAUUUUAUGCCUAAAUUUAAUUUUUGAAAAUUCAUCAAAAUCUGGAAUUUUGGUUGGUGACGAUUUUCGUAUGUUAUUUCGAUUCAGGUUGGUCUGGUUUAAAAAUAUUUCUUCCAGUUAGAAUACCUACUACUACGUAUGUUUGUGCUACAUGUUUAUAUGUAGAAAUUGAUAAAAAUACAUAAGUAUUAGAAUGGAUCACGAAGAAAAGUCGUCGAAUGUUGACCAAAUUCAGCAGAGACCUUCAUUUUAGCUCCGGAGAUGCCCCAGGAGGAGAGAUUUGGGGCCUCAAAGAAAAGAAAUUUUCGAAAAAGUUGUGUUUUUUUGCUCCUGUCGUUAGACAACCUUUUUUAGGAAAAAUAGUUCAGUCUAAAAUAAAGGUAUUUGAGAUUCUGCGUCGAUCUAUGCUAUAGCCAUACACAUUCAAGAUCAUUUAACAGGUCUACUGAGACAAAAAUUAUUAAAAAAUUGUCACCACUGCGUUCCAAAUAUUCCCGCAGUUUCAGGAAUGAUAUCUUAAAUAUUUUGACAUGAUUAAUGCAAAAUAUUUGCCGAGCAAAAAUUAAAAAAAAAAAGAUUUUUUUAAAAAAAUAAGCGAUUUGCAAAUUUUUAACCCCUUAGUAGAACCUUAAAAUUGAUUUUGGAUUUUAGCAGCAACAGUAUCUAUGUAGAUAGAUCGACGCAGAAUCUCAAAUCCUUUCAUUUGAGACCGGGUCAUUUUUCCCAGAACAGGUUGUUUAUGGUGACAAGAGCGAAAAAUCCUCGAUUUUUUCGAAAAUGCCUUUUCUUUUUGAGGGCUUAAAUCUUCCCUACAAGGGCACCUCCGGAGCUAAAAAAAUUUGUGGGCAACUUCCAACUCAAAAUGAAAGUACCUGCUGAAUUUGGUCAAAAUUCGCCGACAUCUCAAGUACGAUUCAUCCUAAUAAGUAUGUAUAAGAUAUGUAACCUACCUAAUACGUAUGUGCAAAAGUGAAUAAAAAAAUAAUGAUCACGAAA